CCGAUUUCACGACCUUCGAACCAAAGUUCUAACUUUAGUCCACCAUGCCAUCCUUCACAGUCUACAAGGGAUCAAAAGACGGCUCAAUCGUCAAAUCGAAAACUACCAAGCCCGACCUCCAAGAUGACCAAGUCCUCAUACAAAUCACCGCGUCUGGUCUCUGUGGCACCGAUGAGCACUAUCGGACCUCCGAUAUGGCCCUCGGACACGAAGGCGCCGGUAUCGUCGAACAACUCGGGCCUAGCGUCAAGUAUCUUAAGAAAGGUGACCGCGUCGGAUGGGGUUACGAGCAUGAUUCUUGUGGCCAUUGCGAAUGGUGUCUCAGUGGAAAAGAGACCUAUUGCCCUGAUCGCGCUUUUUACGGUGUUGCAGACCUCGACCAGGGCAGCUUUGCUUCCCAUGCGGUUUGGAAGGAAUCUUUCCUGUUCCAGAUUCCCGACAGUAUGACGGAUGCAGAGGCCGCGCCUUUGAUGUGCGGCGGUGCUACUGUGUUCAAUGCAUUACGCAUGUACGACAUUCAGCCAACUGACCAUGUGGGGGUAAUAGGUGUUGGCGGUCUGGGCCAUCUCGCGAUUCAGUUUGCGGCGAAGAUGGGCUGCGAUGUAAUCGUGUUCUCGGGGAGUGACAGCAAAAAGGAGGAAGCGUUGAAGCUGGGUGCGAAGGAGUUUGUCGCAGUGAAGGGCCAAAAGGAACUCAAUAUUAGUCGUCCAAUAAAUGCUCUUCUGGUGACAACCAGUGCACAGCCUGAUGCUAGCGUUAAUGCAGACUGGCCUCUAAUGAUCCCAGCCAUGGCCCCGGACAGCACUAUCUUCCCUCUGGCCGUCUCCGGAGGGGAUUUCAGUAUUCCAUAUCAGCCUAUGAUUCAAAAGGGUAUCCGCAUACAAGGUACUGUCGUUGCGCCCCGCAAUGUCCAUCGCCAUAUGCUAGAGUUUGCAUCAUUGCAUAAGAUCAAGCCAAUUUUGAUGGAGUUUCCAAUGUCCGAGGAGGGGAUCACAGAAGCAAUGGAAACGCUGAAAAGGGGCAGGAUGAGGUACAGGGGAGUUUUGAUCCCUGGGAAGGCAUAA